CACGAGAGUCUAACAUCUCGCGAGAGCAGGUAGCGUUACUAUGGAAACACUGAGACGCCUCGAGACACGGUUGUUGUAGAAGUAAGGAAAAAGAUCAAUUUUCGGGGGCUUGUUUUUAGCUGCUCUUUCACCAUGGAUCAGGGAGCGACUGGUGUAGCAGUGCAGGUGACUGUAUUACGAGGAGAAAAUUUGAGAGGUAACAGAAAGCCCUUUGUCAGCUUUGUGCGAGCUGAAUUUAACGGCGUGCUGCUGGGAGACUCACACAAGCUGCAUGUGUCUGUGGAAGAGGCUGUGAACUACAACUUCACCUGUGGCUUUGAAUGCUCAGAAGUGACCCACACCCUGGAUGAUCUGGCCCAUAAACCUGUCAUAUUAACACUGAUUGAGAUCUUCCCGAAAGAAGAAAAACAAAAAGAGGAGAAGACUUCUGUCUUGGGCCAGGCUGUUGUGGAUCUGCUCCCUCUGUUGCAUGGGCAGUGUAGCUUCUCCUCCACUGUGGUGCUUCACCCUACACAAGGAUCACCCAUUGACACUGUCUCACAGGACACAGGAAUUAAGCCAACACUGGAAGUGACAGUCAGUGCACCAGAGCCGUUGCUCUCAGACACCAGGCUCUCUGAGUCUAAUCUGUUCACAGUCACAGUGGAGACAGCCUACUCUGUGCCUGAGGUCUGGAACGCUGCUGCUGGGCCCCAACAGAGUUAUGUAGCUGCUCUGCAAGUCCCCCUAACAUCACAAAAGAAAGAGCAGGUAUUGUUGUUCUCCAAUGGCAUAUUAAAAAUGGGCGGUGAAAGGGAGCCAGUGCCUAGAGGCAAAAAAUGGCCCCUCGGUUCAUUCCUCGCCCCAGACGCCCAGUUCAUCCCAGGCAUCUCCAUUGUCGACGAGCCUGUUAAUCUGGAGCAUAGUGACCUUAAUACUAUUGAGGAUGAGGUAUUCCGAGCCGAAGCUGAGUGUAACAGAAAAAGAGUGAGCUGGGAUAGAGCACGCCGCUGUUUUAUAGAUGCAGGAGGAGCUACAUGUCUGUCCCGCAGAAUUGUCGAAUGCAGGCUGUGGCCAGUGGAAGUUAUGAGAUGUACACAGUUUGGAUCUUUCAAAGCAGGAGGAGGAAAAGUAGGCAAAGAAAAACCUCAAAUGGAGGAUGAGAUUCAGAUUUCUUUCCAUGGAGUGGCCUAUGUCGACUUUGCACCUUUGCUGUACCCUGGGGCCAGGCGUAUCCGCGGGAUGUACAGAAUCCACCCAUUCUCUGACUCUGACCUCCUAAUGAAGACCAAGAGACAGGAGAGUGUAGUGAGCGAGAGCAUGAAGGCGCUGUUAGCAGAGGCUCGUCUUCGUCCAACUUCUUCUUUAGCCUCCUGCAAGGCAGCACCCAGCAAAGUGUUGGGAGACAGUAAAGAAGAAAUGAAAAAGGCAAAAGCAGCCCAGGCAGAGAGUGUGAUGGAUGCUGAACUGCAAGUGAAUGCAGAAGCUCAGAUGUAUGCAGAUUCAAGAUCAUACAUUAUUAUUGAAAUUGCCUUGGAAAAACCGCUGGUUCCAAAAAGACAGCCAGAGGAGUUAGCAAGACGAGUGAGGGAACUGAUUCCUCCCAGGCCUCCACGACCACGACAUUCAGCAGGAGCAGAGAAAGCUGUGCAGGAGUACCAGGCACAGAUAAUGAGCGUAGUGGCGCAGGUGUUGCAGCAGUAUGAGCAGAUGUUUGGAUCUGCGUUUGUUCCUGGUGCCAAGCCUCUGGAUCCUGCCACCCAAGAGCAGCGCAAAACCCAGUUGUUCGGAGAGCUGAACUGCUCUGGGAAAUACUUCGCCUUUAAGGAACAAAUGAAAUACUCAGUAGUGCGAAUUGUGCGUGAGAAGAUGCUGAGGACGGAGGCUUUCACCAACCCAGAGCAGCUGCAGGCUUUCCUGAGUCAACUCUACAUCUUCCUGGUGGACGAGAUGCAUGUUGCACUUAAUAAGACCUUAUCAGCUGAAGAACAAGAGUUCCCGGCUCAGCCCUUGCUGGACUGCAGUCAGCUCAGGCACUUUGCCAAAGAGGCCCAGCUAAAUGAGGAUUAUCAACUAGCUGCCCACUAUUACCAAGAGCAGCUGGCUCAAGAUCGGAGCAAUCCAUCCCACUGGUUUGAUUAUGGCGUGCUUUCCAUGUUUACUGCUGAAUAUAUGAAGGCUGAGGAGUGUUUCCAUCUGGCCGUGUCUGUUGACCAAGCACACGUACCCAGCUUACUUAUGUGUGGGAUUCUGUCAGAAAUGAACGGUCAUUAUGAGGAAGCAGAGACCUUUUUCGAGAGGGCCACAUGUAUCAAAUCGAGCUCCAUGGUCCCCUGGACCUUAUUUGGCUUGUUUUACUUGGCCCAGGAGAACUUCAUCCAAGCAGAAAUGGCGUUCAUGGAAGCAACUAAGCAGCUGAGAGCAGCCCUGGUGUGUAGCAGCCCAGAACAAACAGCAGAGACUGUGUGUGACAAUCACACUCAUUCAGAGGAUACUGAGCCAGUGGACAAACCAGCUGUGGAAGAACUCACUGAGGGUGAGACAAAAGGACAGGACAAACCUCAGAGCAGUCAGGAAAUUAGAGCAGGAGAGGGUGACAAAACAAGAGCUGAUCCUGCACAAACCUUCCCUCCAGACCAGCAGUCUCCCACAAGAGUUGGCACCAGCAUCUACAUGGAGACGGUGAAGUUUCUACUACAGAGUUACGCAUUACAGAUGGCUCAGAGGGCUUUGGCUCAGGAGUUGUUGUGUCCAGAUGGAGGGCCAAGCAGCUCGUAUCAUUUGGCUCUGGCCCAAGUACAGCUGCUGAGAGGGGAGUACAGCAGUGCCGAGGCAAGUCUGCAGCAGUCCCUCAGUGAAAGCUAUCAGAACCCUGAUGUGUGGGCUCUGUAUGGUCACGUGUACUACAUGAUGAAGGAUUACAAUCAAGCUCAAGAGUCUUAUGAGAGAACGCUGGACUUUGUGACAGACGCUUCGGACACACAUCCUGUUUACCUGCGUCUGGGCUCCAUCUACUUACAGAAAGGACAGUAUGAUAAAGCAAAGCCCACAUACAUGCAUGCCUGCAAGAGUUCUCCCUCCUGUCUCACCUGGCUCGGGCUGGGGAUUGCCUGCUACAGGUUGGGGGAGUUGACUGAGGCUGAGGACGCUCUGACUGAAGCAAACGCCCUCGAUAACAAGAACCCUGAGGUCUGGGGCUACCUGUCACUGAUUUGUUUACAGACUAGAAGGAAACUUGAAGCAGAGCAGUCAUACAAGUACGCUGUAAAGUUCAAUGCAUCAGAGGCGCUGCUGCAGGAGAUUACAGAUGUGCAGACACGAGUAGGAUUUGGAAAUCCAUGUUUUUGAUAGCACUUGUAAAGUGUACACAUAUAAAAAACCUUUUAAACAGAUGUGUUCAGGUAUUCUGUGUAUUAAAGAAGUAAUAAAACAUCAUUACCUUGUCAGUA